CCAGCUCCGGCUUCGCGCAGGGCCCGGUGCCCGGGCUCCGAGGCUCCCAGCCGGGGCGGGCGAUGCCCCCGGCCGCCGGGCAGCAUGUCCUGUAACGGCAGCGCCCUGGGGCUCAACACCAGCGAGGCGGACCCGUCCGCGCCCGCGCCGCUCAGGGUGUCCCUGGCCGUCGCCAUGCUGCUCAUGAUCGUGGUGAGCUUCCUGGGCAACGCCGUGGUGUGUGUCAUCGUGUACCAGCGGCCGGCCAUGCGCUCCGCCAUCAACCUGCUGCUGGCCUCGCUGGCCUUCUCCGACAUCAUGCUGUCGCUGUGCUGCAUGCCCUUCACGGCCGUCACGCUGCUCACCGCGCGCUGGCACUUCGGGGCCGCCCUCUGCCGCCUGUCGGCCGCGCUCUACUGGUUCUUCGUGCUGGAGGGCGUGGCCAUCCUGCUCAUCAUCAGCGUGGACCGCUUCCUCAUCAUCGUGCAGCGCCAGGACCGGCUGACCCCGCGGCGGGCCAAGAGCAUCAUCGCCGCCUCCUGGCUGCUGUCCUUCUGCGUGGCGGCGCCGUCGCUGGCCGGCUGGGCUGUGGUGGAGGUGCCGGCGCGGGCGCCGCAGUGCGUGCUGGGUUACUCGGAGCUGCUCACCGUGCGGGCCUACGCGGUGACGUUGGUGGGGGCAGCCUUCUGCGUGCCGUUCACGCUCAUGCUGGGCGCCUACCUGUGCAUCCUGCACGCCGUGCGCAAGAACGCCAUGCGCGUGCGCAACCAGUCCGACAGCCUGGACCUGCGCCACAUGGGCCGCGCGGGGUUGCGGCGGCUGCAGCGGCAGCAGCUGGUGAGCCUGGAUCUGGGCUUCAAGACUAAGGCCUUCACCACCAUCCUGCUGCUCUUCGUGGGCUUCUCGCUGUGCUGGCUGCCGCACACGGUCUACAGCCUGCUGGCCGUGUUCAGCCGGCGCUUCUACUGCAGCCGCGACUUCUACGUCGCCAGCUCGUGCGUGCUGUGGCUCGGCUACCUCAAGUCGGCCUUGAACCCGCUGCUGUACUGCUGGCGCAUCAAGCGGUUCCGCGAGGCCUGCGCGGACUUACUGCCGCAAGGCGCGCACGUACUGCCCGGGCUGCCCGAGCGCCUGCGCAGAAGGACCCGGCCCCGCGCGCUGUACGUCUGCGGCGAGAGCCAGUCCUCGGUGUAGCCAGACCCGAGUGUGUGUGCAGGGGGACGGGGGAACCCCCGAGUGUGUGUGGGGGGGGGAUGGGGACCCCGAGUGUGUGUGUGUGGGGGGGGGUUGGGCGAGACCCCAAGUCAGAAGUGACAGCCCCGAGUGUGUUAGGGUCGUGCCAAGUGUAUGUGUGGGUGUCUGGACGGGGUCCUCGCUCCGAGUGUGUGUGGGGCCUGCUCCCUGAAGCCGCCUUGGCAGCAUUUCGCGGCUGCUCUCUUGAGGAAGCCAAGCACGGUCCCCGCCCCUCCCCGCGGGAUGGGCGGUUUCCGCUUCCGGCUGUAGUCGGGCGAGUGGCCUCAUGGAAGCGGGUGGCAGAGUGGGCAGCGUGGGGUCUGGACACGGUGACGGGAGGGAACCCCAGGUGCCCGUGAAGGGAGACACAUGCACGCAGGUCUCAUCUCACGGACCAUCGUCACUUUAUUAUUAGACACCAGCGUUCCUCUAAGGUCUUGUGUUUGUGGCGUGUGUGUGAACACGUGAGGUUUUCAAUACGUUGGUCCGAAAUGCUUUUUUUUUUCUUUAAAGUUAUUUUUGUGUACUGACUUGUUAAAACCAGAGCACUGCUCAGCUCUGCCUUCUAGUGGUGCCAGAGAUUGAACCUGGGUCCUUAAAGCCUCAGGCUGAGAGCCUUUUACAGAACCACUAUGCUAAGUCAGGAAACCUGGGCUGUGCAAGCCUUUUGGGACCUCACCAAAUCCUCCUCGGGAUAAAAUUGCACGGGGGUUGGCCGAGUGGCCCCGAGGUGAGGAAGUCCAGGGGCAGUUGUGGAGGGAAGCCCAUCCCCUGCACCCCAGGGCCCCUCCCCUCCCCGCAGGGGUGUUCUCCUCCCCUCUCCCCAUGCCUGCCUUUGUUCUGACUAUUGCCAAUGUGAAGGAGGGCACACACUCCAUUUACAGCUCAUCUUUUCAGCGAGUAUUCUAGCAACUUGUGUGAGCUUUUUGGGUUUUGUUUACAGGUUUCCUCGAACCCCUGAGGUGCCAUUCAUUUCAGCCUUGGGUGGCCAUCUGAAGUGGCUCCCUGUGGGCCUCUGUGCUCCUCCUACCUCAUUCAGAUCCCGGGGAAUCCGGGCUUCGGCCAUCCAAGCUCAGGCAGAACCUCGGGUCUAGGGCUGACUACCUGGAGGGGCCUCUCUGGGUGGACCUGGGGCCACUCAUGGUCGCAGGGGAGCUUCCAGCAUUGGGGAGGGGGGGUGACAUUCCCGGAGCUCAGGAUUCACCACUGAGCCUGUGAAACUCUUGCCACAAUCUCUGAUCUGUGAAAACAACAGAGAAAUUCAGAAAAAUCAGAUUCCCAAUCUCACCCUCGGCAGGACCUAGCUUCAUGACCCCUGUCUGAUUCGCCUAAUUUCUCUGGCUCCCAGUGUCCUGUUUUUCUGAGCCCCAGGUUGGAACUAGAGAAUCUCCAAAGUCCCUUUCAGUGCUCUCCUAAUGUUUGUUCUGGUGUGCAAGUGUCUUCAACCCAUGGUCACCAGCUUCCUGGCAGUCACUCAUUUAUUCCUGCAGUGAGCCUUUUCAAGUGGUGGCCAGAUUUAGGGUGUGCUGGGUCAGUGAGAAAUAGGGCAUGGGCUCUGUCCCCUAGUAGCACCCCCGUUGAUCUCAGGAUGCUUGUUAAUUCGAAUUUGGCAGAAAAGCACAGAUGGUCCCUUUCAGUUUCUCUCAUCGUUUUCUUCCCAAGGUUGUAGUAAAAGGUCUUGUGCUCACUCACUCUGCCGGAGGUCCUGGGGACAGAGGCAGUAUAGUAGUGGGGCCAGAAGGACAAAGUAAAGUAAUAGGCCUUUUAUCACUGACUCCUCUCCAUAAACAGGGGCAGGGGUGGAAGACAACAAUGCCGUGUCAUUGAGGUGGGUCCCCAUCAGUUCUGUCAGCAAGGUUUGGGUUUGCCUGUGCUCCCAAGGGGCAGAAUGACACUGCCAAACACAGUGGGACCAGACCAGGGGCUGCCUCCUCUUGGUAGCAGCAGGAGGGGCAUAGAGUGGAAUGUUCUUCAGGGGCCUUGAGUCAAACAGAAAUCAUACAACUGAAUGAAUGGAGGUACCAAAAUAUAUACUGAUCAGUGUUCUGUGAUGUAUGUUGGAUAGUGAUGCAUAUGUUUCAAAGUAAUAAUUUUGUAUAUAUUUUAAAUAAAGUCAUACCACUCUUUCAGUGA